AUGGAGAAAGCAGAGCCGCAAUUGUCUCCAGCCGACAGCGAGAUGAACCUCCGUGUCGCGAAGCGCCCAGCUCUCGAAAAACUGAACACCACCCCUGAAGCCAAAAGAUCCAAAGGCUUUCAUGAUGUGUUGAUAGAACCGGAUAUUAAAGCUCCGGCCAUACGGAGAAUUCCUUUCCCAGAAAAGCCUGCAGUUUUGGAAGAACGAAAUGGCGAUAUCGAGUACCGCGUUGUCAACAAUGAUGGCUCUAGAGAAAGUAUGAUUAUUCUCACAGGUCUCAAAUGUCUCUUUCAAAAACAACUUCCGAAAAUGCCUAAAGACUAUAUCGCACGUCUUGUCUACGAUCGCUCUCAUUUGUCUAUCGCUAUUGUCAAAAUGCCUCUACAGGUUAUUGGCGGAAUAACAUAUCGAGAAUUCCGAGAGCGCGGGUUUGCUGAAAUUGUCUUCUGCGCGGUCUCGGCUGAUCAGCAAGUGAAGGGAUAUGGAGCGCAUAUCAUGGCCCAUUUAAAAGACUAUGUCAGAGCUACUUCUCCAGUGAUGCAUUUUCUAACUUACGCCGAUAAUUAUGCCACCGGGUACUUUCAAAAACAAGGCUUUACUAAAGAGAUCACUCUCGAAAAGUCUGUCUGGAUGGGAUAUAUCAAAGAUUACGAAGGGGGAACAAUUAUGCAAUGCUCUAUGCUUCCACGAAUACGAUAUCUCGAAGCUGGCCGUUUACUUCUCAAGCAGAAAGAAUCCGUCCUAGCCAAAAUUCGUACCUUUAGCAAAAACCAUAUCAGCUAUCCACCACCUCAGCAAUGGGCUAACGGGAUCACUCCGAUCGAUCCACUCUGUAUCCCUGCUAUUCUAGCAACUGGCUGGUCUCCGGAUAUGGAUGAGUUAUCACGAAUACCACGUCGUGGACCUCAUUACAAUGAACUCCGGCGUUUUUUGAAUCAUAUCCAAAACCACAAAAGCGCAUGGCCGUUCGUUAGUCCGGUCAAUCAAGAUGAAGUCGCUGAUUAUUACAAUGUGAUCACAUCACCAAUGGAUUUGUCGACUAUAGAAGAACGAUUGGAUGGUGAUUUUUACACUUGUCCGAAAGAGCUUGUCGACGAUCUUAAGUUCAUUUUUAGUAAUUGUCGGCAGUAUAAUGAUGGAACAACGGUAUAUACCAAGUGUGCGAAUCAACUGGAGAAAUAUAUGGGGAGACUUAUUCAGGAAAUUCCGGAGUGGUACGACUUGCAUGAAAAGUGA